CGACGCGCGCGGACGGCCUCGCACGACGCGCGCGCGCGAGGACGACGCCGAGAGGACUCGCGCGCGAUCGCGGAGACGCGCCUUCGCGUCGAUACGAGCGCGCGGUCGCGUCGCGCGGUCGCGUCGACGCGCGCGAUUCGUUCGUCGUAGUCGUGGAUUCGUUUCAUUCAUCCUCGACGCGAAGAAUCGUAGUAGUCGCGUAGGACGACGGACGCGGACGCCGAGGCUUCUCCGGAAUCGAUCGCCGCGCUCGGGAUCGCGAUGGGUUCCGGCGCGGACGGCGACGACGCCGCCGCCGCGGACGCGGUCGUCGACCCCGAGCUCGUGAAGUCCGCCGCCUACGACGCCUCGGUCUCGUCCCUGCGACAGAAGCUCCGCGUGAGGACGCGCGAUCCGACCGAGUCGGAGACUCGCGUCGUCGUCGCCGUGCGCGCCGAGGCGGCGCGCAUCUUCGCCUCCGAGCUCGCGCCCGACGCGACGCGCGGCGAGCCCGCGUACGGGAACCGCGACGCGGACGACGCCAUCGCGGGGAGCGACGACGGGCGCGCGGGCGGCGGCGCGGGGGGAGCGCUCGGCAGGAAGAAGUCCUUCGGCGGAAUCGGAGCCUCGGGCGUUGGGCCGGGACGGAGUCUCAUCAGGUCGUCCUCGUUCGAGGGCGGAGGAGGAGGAUCGAACCCGCCGGAUUCCGAGACGGACGACGACGCGGACGCGCACCUGGCCGUCGGCGCGGAGAUCCUCAACAAGGAAGUCAGAGACGCCGCGCAGGCGUACGUGGACCGAAGAGAACGCGAGUUUUGGCGAGACGCCAAGUUGCGAUUUCCAUCGUUGAUGGAGGAAGAGCUGCGACGCGCGACGGCGGCGAUCGACCCCUCGCGCGGUUCCAGCGGCGCCGCCGCGGCCGCCUCGUCAUCGUCCUCGUCGCAAACGCAAACGCAAACGCAAACGCACGACGCGCUGGCGUUCAUGACCAAGGACGCGCGCGCGAAGCUCCACGCGAACGCGAAGCGAAGCGCGCAGCGAACGUUCAACAACGAGCUUCUUCACGCGCGGUUACGCGCGUGGCCGCGCGACCGGGUGUUACGGGCCGUCGAGGCUGGGUACAAGCGCGCGUUCGCGGAGCGCGCGGCGGCGAUCAGGCUGGAGAGCGCGAAGGAGAGGGCGCGGCGGGAGAAGGAGGAGCAGAAGAGGGCGAUGGAGGAGAUGCACGCGACGAUGAAAGCGAAGCGAGCGGCGGCGGCGGCGGCGGCGGAGGCGGCGGAGGCGGGGAAGGCGGACGAGGACGACGACGGCGGCGGCGGCGCGUCUGCGGACGUCGUCGUCGCCGCCGCCGCCGACGACGACGACGCCGACAGCGCGAGAGAGGUCGCCCACGCGGACGCGCCCGAAGUCGCCGAGCCCGAGCCCGCGGCGGCGGACGCGGCGACCGAGGAGACCGAGGCGAAGGCGGAGGAAGAGACCGCCGCUCGGGAAGCCGACGCGAACGACGCCGAGGCGGCGCCCGCGGAGACCCCCGCGGAAGAGGCGCCGGCGGCGCCGGCCGCGACCGCGACCGCGACCGCGACCGCGACCAAAGAGGAUCCCGCGGAGACCCCCGCGGAGGAAGCGCGUCCGGCGGCCGAGGAGACCCCUCCCCCGCCGCCGCCGCCGCCGCCGCCGCCCGCUCGAAAAGCCGUCGGCGCCGACUGGAACCGCGCGCACGGCCUCGAGUGGAUCGAACCCGCGACGGUCCCCCCGACCCCCGCGGAGUCGU